CCAAAAAUCUCUGAGCUUCCAUUAAUAUCAAAAAAUAAAAAUCAAAACUAUAAAAGCCAAUUGAAAAAAAAAAAAAAAUUUGAAAAAAAUAUUCGCAUAUAUACACAUUUUCUCUCAACCCCAGAAACCAGAGGUUGAGGAAGAAAAAACCGAAAAGAUAGGAGAAGUUGUAACUCAAAGAAACCCUCCCCAUAACACCAUUACCAUUAUGUUAUGUUUCAGAUCAUACCCAUUAAAGUUCCUUCUUCUAUCUCUCUUCCUCUUCUUCGCUUCGACUUUCGGAAGCUCUCACCAUUCUCUCGCCAUUCCUGCUCUGGACGAUGGCUUAGCAGGUCUUGAGGCGAGAGAAAAUGAUGGGGUGGUAGCAUGGUGGGGGACAAGGAGGUUCCUUGCCGACGAAGCAGUGCAGAACUCGUCUCUGAUUUUGGCUGCGAAGAGGACGCACAGAAAAGAUCCACUUGAUAAUUUUAAGUACUAUAAUGGUGGCUGGAACAUCAGCAAUAACCACUAUUGGGCUUCUGUUGCAUUUACUGCGGUUCCCUUCUUUGUUGUUGGUGGUAUCUGGUUUGUGCUGUUCGGGCUUACCUUAUCCCUCAUCUGUCUCGUUUAUUGCUGUUGUCGUAGGGAGCGUUAUGGCUAUUCGCGGAUAGCCUAUGCUCUCUCUCUAAUUUUUCUUGUUCUCUUCACCAUUGCAGCUAUUGUAGGCUGCAUACUGCUAUAUACAAGUCAGGGAAAAUUUCACGGCAGUACAACAGAUACAUUGCAUUAUAUUAUAAAUGUGGCAGAUGAUACUGUUGAAAACCUCAGGAAUGUGUCAGAUUACCUUGCUGCAGCCAAGCGGAUUGGAGUUAAUUCGGUGUCUCUGCCAGCAGAUGUCCAGAAAAACAUUGACGAUAUUCAAACCAAGAUAAACUCUUCUGCAACUACUCUUUCAGAUACAGUUGACGACAACUCAGAUGACAUAAAAAAUGUUUUGGACAUAAUAAGAUUGGCUCUUAUUAUUCUUGCUGCUGUUAUGCUCUUCUUGACGUUUCUUGGAUUUUUGUUUUCCAUUUUUGGAAUGCAACCUCUUGUCUACUUCUUGGUGGUUCUUGGCUGGGUCCUUGUUACUGGCACAUUCAUUCUGUGCGGUGUGUUUCUCCUUCUCCACAAUGCGGUUGCAGAUACAUGUGUCGCCAUGAAUGAGUGGGUUCAACACCCCACUGCUCACACAGCCUUGGAUGAUUUACUGCCAUGUGUGGAUAAUACUACGGCCCAAGAAACCUUGUCAGAGUCCAAGAAAGUCACUGGCCAACUUGUUGAUGUAGUAAACAUGGUCAUCAAAAAUGUUACAAAUGUUAAUUUUCCACCCAACGCACAACCCUUCUAUUACAACCAGUCUGGCCCACUGAUGCCUCUAGUUUGCAACCCAUUCAAUGCUGAUCUCUCUGAUCGGCAAUGUAUAGCAGGUGAAUUGGGAUUGGAUAAUGCCUCACAGGUAUACAAGAACUUUGUCUGUGAGGUUUCAAAUAAUAUUUGUAAAACGCCUGGUCGGUUGACUCCCACCUAUUAUAACCAAAUGGAAGCUGCAAUAAAUGUGAGCUAUGGUUUGCAUCAUUAUGGUCCAUUCUUGGUUGAUCUGCAAGAUUGCACUUUUGUUCGGAAAACAUUCACCGACAUCAAUGGCAUCUACUGUCCGGGUCUUCGACAUGAUAGUCAAUUGAUCUACAUUGGGUUGUUAAUGGUUUCUUUAGCUGUAAUGCUGUCGUUGGUUUUCUGGGUCAUCUAUGCAAGGGAGCGAAGGCAUCGUGUAUAUACAAAAACGAUUAUUGCUAGAAAUGGAGCACAUGAAGAAGCAAAGGUUCAACAGCGAUCAUGAAGAAGCCAAGGUUCAACAGUGAUCUUCAAAUGAAGAAGCCAAGGUUCAACAAUGUGAUCUUUAAUGGUAAUCAUCCUUGAUGGAGAAAAAGUUUGUUGUACCUAAUGUACAUCUUAUUUAUAUAUGUAGUACUAAGAUUUGUACAUUACGCAAGCUAUCUAUAGUUUUGGUUGUGCAGUACUUUAUUAGACCGAACACUGAUGUUUCCGGUAGCUCUUGGAUAAAGUGUGAUUUGUGAUCAUAGCUGCCUGGUUUUAGUUACAUAUUUGGCUGUAACUUUCGGUUGUUAAAUGGUCAUAAUUAUUUCUAUA